GAGCGGCUCUACGGAGCGAGCCCCCGCCCCGAAAAACAGCGCCUCAAGCCGGCUGGUCUGUUCCGUUCCCGGGCAGGCAGCUGGGCGGGCACCAGGCGGGGGGUCCUUCCUGGCACUGCGUCGCGCUGCGUUUCUACCGCGUCUGCCCCGGCCCAGCGCCUCGCUGCCGGGGCUGCGGGCGGAUGGAGGCGCGGGGCAGCGGCGGCGGCAGCAGGGCCGGUGCCGGGGACUCGGCGCCGCGGGGACCAUGAUGCCCGGAGAGGCGCCGGCGGCGGGGAUCGCGGCCGAGGCCGCCACGGCCUGUGCGAACUGCAGCGCGCUCCAGCAGAAUUUAAAUGAAUAUGUAGCUGCAUUAAUUGCACUGAAGCAAAAAAUAAUUGACACAGACUGUUUGCUGACAGAAUAUCAACAGAAGUGUAAUGAGCUUCAGGUGGCUGAAAGAGAGAAUAACACUCUUCGUCACCAAGUGGAACAGAUGCUACAAAAAAUCUCUCCUCUAGAAAAGUGUCAGCAAGAAUUGGGGUCUCUGAAAGCAGAAUUGGAAGAGAAAAAGAGUUCUCUGAAGAUUUAUCAGCAGACUCAUCUGGAAUAUGCUCGGAUGAAAGAAGAAAUUGCUAAAAGUGAUUCUAUGAAGAAGAAACUGGAAGCCAAAGUGAAGAAACUGGAAGAGGCUGCAACAAAGCAUAUGCAAGACUUCAGACAAUUGAAGACUGAAAAGAAAGUUCUUGAAAAGGAGCUAAAGAAGGCGCAGGGAAAACGUGAUGACUUUCCCAAAGAGAAAUGCAAAAAGGUGUUAAAACAUGCAGAGACACAGAGUGCAAGAGAAGAUCCAGUAGCAAACAUAGACAAAGGAAAAAUAAAGCUGCUAUUGGAGGAGCUUUGGAUGUGCAUUGACAGCACAACAGGAAAAACACAGAACCAGGAACAUGAUUAUAUCUUGGCAUCUUCUGUUCAGGGUCACUCAAAGAUGCCAGAAAAAACAGGCAAGUUAUUUACAGAAGAGGUUGCACAAACCCACCGAAAAUUCAGGAAAUCUGAUGACAAAAUGCUUCACCCUCAUUCUUCACCAGAAACCAUUGAAAAACAAAGUUCCUUAACAACAAUGCAGAUAAAAGUAGACAAGGAGCCUUCUGGAGGUGAUCAAUUUGAGAGCAAGGCCACUGAAGGAGGUCUGCAGGACUAUAAUGGUGACAAUGCUUUUUAUGAGGACAAAAAUAUAGAGGUGGUGGUACAGACAGACUUAACAGACAGUAGCUCAGAGUCCUCUGAUCAGGAACAAGAACAGCUUGAUGGAAACUUGCUUGAUAUAUUGAACUGGGCAAGGCCUCUCCCCCCUCUUCUAUCUCCUGUAUGUUUUUCACCAAUGGCUACACAGGAUAAUCUGUUUGGAGAAUCCACUGAUUCCAGUGAUGAGGAAAUUGAUCAUAAUGCUCACAUUGUGGAAAGUAUUUUAGAAGAAGGCAAAGCAGAGUCACAGAGUAACACUACCUUUGUCAGUAUGAAAGAAAGCAAUGAAGAUGAGAAAUCACAUGAACCUCAUGAUAAAGAAAUCUCAACUAAAUUGAGAGAGAAUGAAGAGAUGCCAAUUUAUAUAGACGCUUUCACAGCAAAAUUAAGAUAUGUUAAGGAGAAAGAUGUUGAAGCAAAGCAAACGGAGAUGACUGUUUCAAGUAUGAACACAUUUGCCAAUGAAGAACAUUUGGAAGAGGAUUCUGAUAAUAUAGGAUCUACAGAGACAGACAUAACACUGAAGGUAGCAACACCUAAACUGGAAGCUAUCAAUGAGAAGGAAGUUCAUACUGACGAGAUACAAAUUAAAGAUAAAAUAUCUUCAGCUGUGUCAUCUAACUUCCAAUACUUGCAAGAAAAAUCUAAUGAACUAAUACAAACAGAGAAGACUAUAGUUAUAAAUUUAAAUACUACAACCAAUUCUGAACAUAUGAAAGAAAGGUAUAGUGAAUUAAUGGAAGCAGAGGAAGCUGAAUUACCAGGAAAAGGAGAAACACCAAAACCAGCAUCCACUCUCAGAGAUGAUGUUCACUUGCAAACUGGGGAACCCAUCUUUGCAACUGAAAGUGUGUUGGUAACCCCUGAGAAUUUAGAGGAAAAGCCUAGCGAAGUGAUGGGGAAUGAAGAAAUGGAAGAUGAAUCCAGUGACAUACAAACAAAAUCUAAUGUAAUAAAUACAACACCCUGCAUAGAAGAGCACAUUGAAAAAGUAACCACAGAGGAGAGAAUAAUGGCUACAAUAACCAUAAAAGGAUUCUGUGUAGAGACAAGUAAUGAACCAAAUGAUGAAGAGGACGAUGUGAGAUCUAGUUUCAGAAAUUCUAAAUCCUUUUCUGGAGCAGAGCACGAUAAUGAAUUGAUGUGUCACGGUAAUGGUGAGAGAACACUCCUGCAAGCUGAAAUAGACUCUGAAGCUAAAGAUAUCUCCAUUAAAUCACAAUGCUCUGAAGAAAAAAUCAGCAAUGAAGAGAUACUGGAUAAAGAGUUUGAGCAUACAAAACAACAUGGAGUAAAUGAAGAGGGUGGACUAGAAAACAAUAAUGCUUUUAGACAUGACUCAUUUAUGCUUGCCACUGAAAGAAGCAGAGAUUCAUUAUAUAUGGAUGGGGAAAACCAUAUUGCAGAGGUAUGCAGAACUGCUCGCUCAAUAUCUGCAGAAGAUGGAUAUGGGGAACAGCGCAGAACUGGAAAGCAGUGUGUUGAGGUCAAUAUAACUCAGCCUGAACAAAAUAUUUUCACUGGUAAUUCAGUAAACAAGGAAGAUUUUCUAGAAACAUAUAAAUUUGCUAAAUCGCUCCAUGUUAUGGAAGUUGGAGAACUACAAGAUACAAAGGAGGAAAGGUGUCUACAACCUAAACUAGACCAUGAACAAAAAGAUGCUAAUAACAUAUUGCAAAAGAAACCAGAUUUUGAAACUACACUUAUGUCACAAAACCCAGCAUCUGGUAUAAAUGGAGAAAAUGAUCCACUAGAACCUGAAGAAAUAGUUCGAAAUAAUCAUGUAUUACUUGCAUCAGAGUUUGUCACAGAAAGAGCUAGUGAAAUGAGACAGGCAAAAAAUAUAUACAUUGCAUCGGAACAGAAGUCUUCCAAAUUUCAAAAUUUUAUACAAGUAUUUCAACCUCAGGAGAUUGAAAUGGAAAUGGAACACUUGGAACUUGGAGAGAGAAGCAGUGGGUCAUUAGAAACUGAGAAAAUAGAUACUGUGAACUCUGUCAUAAAAGAAAGUGAACACCCUUCUUGGGCACAGUUUCUGAAACCUCUGGAUUCAUGUUCAGUAACUGAAAAUUCUCAGUGUGAGGAAAUAAAAGAGAAAUUAAAUGACAAACCAUGUGAGAGCGUGGUGAUUCAGAACUGUAACAGUUCACCUGGUUUGGAAGAGAAUGGUGUGGAGGAAGUGGAGGUGAGAAACCAAAUUUCAGAUGUCUCGGAUCAGGUUUUCUCAGAAAAGGAUUCUAUUGGAAAACCAGCUUUACCCAUAGAAGAUGUCUUGCAGACUGGAAGUAUAGAUACUAAAAAAAUAAACUCACCUGUCACAGCGACAGUUGGUUUGGAGAGCACAGCAGUGUUAGUUGAUUUUACUGCUUUCAACUUUCAGGUGUGUGGUGAACCUUUCAAACAGAAUUGCCAAGCAUUUGACACUAACAAUGAAGAAGAGUCUAUUACAGUGCUUAGUACUGCUUCAUCCCUAACUAGAAGAAAUGAAAAAUACAAUGAUCAUGUUAUUCAAAGUAUGCCUAAUUCUGUAGGAAAUUUGGUGAAGGGCAAGACAAUACAGAAUGAUAAAGAAAAGAUCAAGCCACUUGAUUGUCCCAGUAAUAAAUAUGACAAUAAAAAUAGAACAGAAAUUGAAAAUGAAAAGGACCAGUCAAAUGCCAUAGAACCACAAAAAACAUUGAUAAAUAUACAGCUCUUUGGUACAAGUUCUGUUGACAGUGAUACACAUGUGGAAAAGGAAGCUAGUCUGGUUUUUGAAGAAGCAGAAUGUGAAACAUGUAGCUUGAAGGACAUUAGCACAGCUCUUUCUGUAAUAAAAGAAACUUCACCUCAGAGAGUGGAGCCUCUUUGCUCUUCUAAAGGUCAGGUCAGACCUAUAGAAUAUAGGCUCGAUGAAAAAAUGAAGAACAAUGAGAGAGAACUGAACAUUGUUAAGCUGUCUGGAGAGACCAAUGGGAAUACAUCUUCUAAAAGUAUUGAGGUUCCAAAGGAGACGGAUGACUCUGAAGAGGAAGAGUUUCCUUUCAGAAAGGUCAAAUAUACAAAAGAGCAUGAACGUUUUUUAGUGUCCAAUGAGAAACUGAGAACUUUCUGGACUUAUACAGUGGAUGUGCCAGACAUUCACACAGCUGUUGAUGAAAAUAAUGAUGACAAAAUGUGUGAACUCCCUCCUUCAGUGUACUCAGAUGCACUAGCAGAUAUGGCUAUGCCUUGUAUAACUCACCACUCUCCAAGUAUUGUGAAGGAGCAGUCAUGUUUAACAGAAAAGGUUUAUCCUAAAGGCAAACUUUUCUCAGCACAUGGAAUUGUAUUCCACAAUAAUGAAAAUGAGAGUGCUUCUGAACGUAGAGAAAAUUUCAAAAUAAGUGGGUCAGCAUCUGACAAUGAGAAUAGCUUGAUAAAAUUAGAAGAAUUGUCUACAUCUGCGAAGGUAUCAGAAAAGAUCCCCACAAAACGAACUACUUCAGAAAUUAAUUUAUCGAACCAUAUGUUAGCCAAGUGCUCAGAAAUCUACAAACAUGUUAUAAAAAAUAAUAAAUUAGACACAAGUCUGCCUGGCAAUUUCUUACAAAUAAAUGGUAAUGAAAAACUUGCAUCAAAUAUGGAACAAAGUGUGUCUUGUGAUGCUGGCAUAGAAGGGUCUAAAGCACAUACAGCGUUUUGUGAAGAAUUAAAUGAUAAACAAAAAGAAACUUGUGUUGCUUUUGCCUCAUCAGAUAUCAACACAAAUAUUGUUCAAGAUGUCAGUAAGUCUUGUUUCGAUGAUAGUUACAGUGAUGUUUUUCUUAAUGAGACACAUUUUCAGAGAAAAGGUAGAAAGAAUUCUGUCAAAAACUAUCAGCAUCCAACCGUGUCUGAUGAAAUAUCUGACCCUAGACCAGUCAAUGAAACUUCUAAAUCACAAAAAGCAAUAUUUGAAAACACACACAUUGUGGACUCAGAAUCAUCUCUAGAUCUUGUAUCCAAAACCAACAGUAGAUCAAAGUGGAAAGUCCAGGAACCAUCAGAUAUCUUCAGUGUUUCAGCCAAGACAUCAAUCCAAGCAGACCAGGGCAGACUAACACAGAGAUUACCUCAAGAUAAAGGAAAAACAAAAACUCUGCAGGUCCAACUAACCCAGCCGGUUCUAGCCAAUGCUGAUACUUCUACACCAACCAAACGUUCACCUGAGACCAUCAAUAAAAUUAGACAAGAGAUGGGUCCACCUUUACCUCCCCUGCUCCCACCUCUGAUAGCUACUCCUCCAAGAACUGUGCGUCCCGUUUCUCCGAUAAUGUCUUCAUCUAGCCGGUCCUCUCUGCCAUCUCCUCUUGAUGGUCUUAUUUCCCCUCUAAGAGUAACUCCAGUUCCUCCACUAAUGUCUCCUUUGUCAGAUGCUCCAAAGUACAAAUCUCCCCCUAUAUUUUCCACUCCAUCUCCCUCAGAGACAACAGUUGGUCGAAGAAUCCUGUCCUCACCUUUGCAAUUUUGUGCUGCCACACCAAAGCAUGCACUUCCUGUGCCAGGAAGACUUCCUCCACCUGCAGCUGGUAGUUCUGCUUUAGAUGCUCCUCAGGAGAACUCUGUGAAAAUUUUGGACACUAUGUAUCCAGAGCUAUCACCAAGAGCAAGAACACUCAACAUUCUCAAAGGUAACAUUCAGCCCAACAGGCGUGCCCCUUCAGAAUACAAGAAUGUACCAGGGCCAGUGAGUCAGUUCAGUGGGUUCAAAGCAAUUUCUUCUACAUCCACUGCUUUUGUUAAAACAGGAAGUAAUUCAGAAUCUCUCAGUAAUAAAGAGCAAAAAGAUUCAGGGAGUCAGAGUCAUGUUGGAAAAAGGAUAUCGUCAGCCUCUAUGCCGAGAAGUGCAAAGAGGCUGAGGCUAGACAGUGAAUUGCCACAAUUGGAGACUAAGGAAGAUGUUGCAAUCAAAGCUAUGGGAGACUUUAAUAUUGAAGUACUGAGUGCUGCAGGUAAAACUGUCUCACUCAACAAUUGUGAAAUUAGGCAAUUAGCAGCCAACUGCAAUUCAGAAUUGCCUUCACCAGUAGAGAAUAUUACUGAUCCUGUGACUUUGGCACUGAAGAAAAUUGCUGAAUCCUGUUUUGACCUGUUACCUGUUAUUCGGAGUCAUGUGUACGUGGGAAAUAUUUUGAAGGUCCCGAUAAUGAGAGAUGAAGAGAAAGAAGUUGUCUAUGAAUUUGGUAUCGCAAACAAGCAUUUAGCAGAGCCACUGCUGCAUGCUGUUCUCAAUAAACUGAAGACUCAGAAGAUGUCUUUGAAUCACAAUUUCACUCAGGCUCUAUGUAGAGUAUACAUAGGAAUCUGUCGGCAGUUGGGAGAUUUGGAAAGAGCCCGCCUCUUCUGCUACAGCUUACUUAAGGAAGACUUCCCAGAAUCUGCCAAAUUAACUUUGUUUAUCACAAAUGUGUGGGAUGAUAUAUUCUCCUUCCAAGGCGUGAUUAACAAAGCUAUGCAGUUAGUUGUCAGGAAACGUGCCCGAGGAGAGGUGCUGAACUAUCUGCGUGCUUAUCUCAGUUGGGAAAAGAGUCCACCUUUGGAUCCAGGCAUUAUGGUCUCAAGUCUGCUUUUAGCAAUACAGUUGUGUCCAAAAAUGGAAUUCCAGUUGAGUGAGCGAUAUGGAGAAGAUCUGAGUGACAGCAUUUGGGAAUGUAUACUUGCUAUUGAUCUCCUCUGCUGUCACCUGAAAUGGAGUUGGACCCAUGACAAUAUCAUAAGUAAAGAGCUUUGGCCUGUCAUGGAUCAGUGGGUAAAGCAUAGGAAAGGACAUGAGACUGUUCCAUCUAUUCCAGAUAUUAUUGUAGCAUCAACACUUAGGCUAAUUGGUCGCUUAGGCCAAAUAGGUUUGAAGGAAGGAUUUUUUUCUGCUGUGAAAAAUAUCAGUUCUAUUAUUGGACGCUUUAUACAGCACGCAAAAGAAGAAGAUAUGCCUUGGGGAGUGCAGUUGGCAGCAGUGUAUGCACUCUGUGACUUGGGUCCAAGCAAUCCAUUAGAAGUUGUUGAGGCCAUCCAAGCUUGGAGAACGACGACUAGUAACAGCAUCCCAUCUGCAGUCACAAGUGGCAUAUCUGAAGUCAGCUCUCUGUGCACAGUAGAAUUACACUAAGAUGAGGGAAGGUAGCCUCAUCUACAGAAAAAGUGCCUUUUAUUAGAUGAAAACUAGGUGAUGCCUUUUAGGAUGAAAGUUACAAACAGUACAAAGAGAAAAAAAACAGGAAAAGAGCCAUAUGCUUUCCUUUUGGGGAAGGUGGGAAGCUUAUGCAUCUAUAGUUUAUGUAGGUGUUUUCUGGUCAGACAGGUUUAAAACAAAAUAGGCUCUGAAGUAUUUUGUUUGCCCUCUGCUGCAGAAAGACAUUAAAUCAUUGUGUGUGUGUGUGUGUGUGUGUGUGUGUGUGUUCUGGUGUAACUCAUAGGUUACAUGAGUGCUAUUGGCUGUUUAAAUCAGAAAAAUCUCUUCCUUAUGAAAGUGGAAAGGAUCUGUCUUGAUAGGCCUUCCACUGGUUGAACCUCAGGCUACCAAAGCUCUUGUCUUUUUGGUGGACUACUUGCUAUAGCAGGUAUAUAAAUUAAACUAUUCAUCUACAUCAUAUUUUAUGUGGAAGAUGGCUUCUCAGCAGUAAAAACCUGAAAAGAUUUGUUGGACCUGAUCCAACUUUACUUAGUCUCAUUAACUUAAUGAAACUACUUAUAUCAGACAAUUAUAUGUACAGUAAAAAAGAUUCAGAGAUAACAAAUCUCUGUAAGUUUGUAUAUAUGGUAUACGCCUAUAAUGUGUUUCACAUUUGAUGUUGUUCCACUUUGGGAAUUUUAGUGUGUGUAUAUAGAAAACUGAUUUAAAAACUUACAUUGUUUAAACUUCUUAUAUAGUUUCACUUGUACACAGCAUUUUUUAAAAUUGU